UGUUAUAAUGCCUCGCUCGACACUGCAUCCGCGGUUCACUGGCUGAUAACACUUGUUUGUCAAUAUAGUUUUAAUUUUAAAAAAAGGUGGAGUUCGUAUCAUUGUUUGUGAUUAAAAAAAAAGUUAAUUUGAACCAAUUGAAAUUUGUGUUCGAAAUAUUCCAUUUGCUUAGCAGAAACGUUCAAAUUUCGAACUAGUUUUAUUUUUUUUUUACAUUUUGGAAGAACUGUACCAAACAUUUUCAAAAUGAGUGGAAAUGAAAAGAUAAGCGAGUUGGACAAAGUUUUAACGCAGUUUAAUGUAUUUGGAAGAUAUCAUUGUCUUUUCAUGUUUUGGUCAUUUCUAGCGUUGGCUUCUAAUGCUGUGUUUUGCAGUAAUUUCGUGUUCUCAGCUGAAGAAGUUAGUUAUAGAUGUAAAGAUGAAGGUUUUGGUAACGACACGUGCACAAAUAUGGCAAAUUCCACUGCAGAGUGCUCGGAGUGGACGUACGAAGAUCCUAACAGUUUCGUUGCUGAGUUUGGUCUCGCGUGUCAAGAUUGGAAAAGGACCUUGGUCGGGACUAUGCACAGUUUCGGAUACAUGGUCGGCCUUCUACUCGUUGGGCCUAUGUCAGACAGGUUAGGCAGAAAGCUGUCUAUAGUUAUAACCGGAAUGUUGGGCGGAGUGUUCGGGGUGGCACGAAGUUUCACGUCAAAUUAUUGGCUGUUCAUUGCCUUGGAGUUUUUAGAAGGCGCUAUAGGAGACUCCUGUUCCCCUAUGUUCAUAUUGACAAUUGAAAUAGUAUCAUCAAGAAACAGACUUCUAUUCUACAUUCUAUGUUCAUUCGGAUAUCCAUUUGGAGGCGUCUUGGUAUCCCUUUCAGCAUGGAAGUUUACAUACUGGAGAACAUUCCUCAGAGUCAUUUACAUGCCGGCAUUAUUAUUUUUUGCCUACCUCUUCCUAAUAGAUGAAAGUCCAAGAUGGCUGCUUAUAAAAGGAAAGAAAGAUAAAGCUAUUAAAAUAAUAGAGAAAGCUGCGGAAAAGAAUAAAAUAAAAAUUGAUAAAACGCUUCUGGAAAAAAUGGAGUGUGAGAAAGAAAAGAGUGUUAAUUUCUUCAGAUUGUUGAAGAUGACUUUUGAGUCAAAGAUAAUUUUAAAGAGAUUUCUGAUAUGCUUAGUCUGGUGGACAACGUCAACCUUCGUGGCUUAUGGUUUAUCAAUAAAUUCGGUAUCUUUAAGAGGGAAUAAAUACGUAAAUUAUGCUCUAACAUCGUUAAUGGAUGUUCCGGCUAAUUUUAUUAUACUUUUGUCACAGAAUUAUUUUAAAAGAAAAGCACCAUUGAUCACAUCGUUUUUGGUUGGAGCGUUUUUAUGUUUGGCUCAUCCAUUCUUACCUGCCAAUCUAUCCUGGCUCUCCCUGAUCAUGUAUAUGGCGAGCAAGCUGAUGUCCUCCUUCUACUUCACCAUCACCUACAUGUUCACAUCGGAGCUGUUCCCGACUUACACCAGGAACUCAAUGCACGCCUUAUGCUCAUCAUUAGGAAGGAUUGGAUCUAUAAUAGCACCUCAGACUCCUUUAUUGAUGCACUAUUGGUCCGGUCUACCGUCUCUGGUCUUCGGCAGCGUCUCUCUGAUAGCUGGUCUCAUCACCUUCCUCGUGCCUGAUACGGCAGACAAUUCCUUACCAGACACCGUGAAGCAGGCUGAGGAAAUAGGGAAAAAGGGGGAUUUGAAGAAACCGGCACCGGAUUUUGUUAUAGAUAAGGAUAAGGACUGUUCUAGGUUAUGAUAUGAGAAAUUAGAUGUUCUUUUAUUAAUACAUACAUAAUGAUCACAUCUACUUAUAUCCCUUGCGGGGUAGGUAGAGCCAACUGUCUUCAAAAGACUGAAAUGCCACAUCCAGCUAUUUGGCUUAAUAAAAGAAUUGGGAUUUAAAUAGUGACAAGUUGCUAGUCCAACGCCUUAAAGUAGAAUCUUAAGUAUAUAAGCCUAUACCUUAGUCGCCUUUUACAAUAUCUAUGGGAAAGAGAUGAGGUGGUCCUUUUUUCUACUGGUGCCGGGAACCACACGGUACCAUUAUAAAGAUACAAAGGAUUUGGAUUUUGACACACACAGAAAAAUAUUCCUAUCAUCUGCGAUACUAUGAUAACGAAGUUGGUAUUCUUAUCUAUGUGAUUCAUUGUAAACACCAUUUUCUAUAUAGUGCGAGUUGAAAUCUAAAUGUAAAUCACUUUAAAGCGACAUGAAAGUGAAAAUGUAUAAUAAA